UCUGCACCUAUAACCAGUGAAAGAAUCUUAUAAUAUUAUCAUUUAAUGAAUAAGUAUCUUUUACACAUUUAAAAGGUUUUAGAAAAAUGGCUUGAUUUCAUGUAAGAAAAUAAAGCAGUAUUAAUAACAUUUUUUAUCUUAUUUAAACCAGCUCAAACGAAGGAUUUUCGGAUAAAAGUUGUAAACGGCAAUGGAGAAGAGAACAUGAUUUAUGACAAUGCAUGUUGUGAAUAUGGGAACGGUAUAUUUACGAUACCUUUGAAUGAUACAACCAUCCUAUCCAUCGUCGUCACACGACCAACUGAAAGCAUCUUAACUGUGUGCGAGAUACAAGCGUUUGAAUCAAUACCAAUGACAGUGGCAACCACAGCAUCAACAAUGGCACCAACAGCGGCACCAACAGCAUCAACAAUGGCACCAACAGCGGCACCAACAGCACCAACAGCGGCAACAACAGCAUCAACAGCGGCACCAACAGCCGAAACAACAGCGGAUCAAAGUCAAACUUCAAGUCCUGAUCAAAGUCAAAACACGACUUUAAAUCAAGGACAGAGCACAGCUCAGUCUCAGACUACUACGCCGGAUCAAGGAGAUCAAACGACAGGAAUCAUAUUAGUGAUUUUGAGCAAACACCUCUGCUCUCAUAGAGCAAACACCUCUGCUCUCACAGAGCAAGCAGAGGUACAGAGCAAACACCUCUGCUCUCACAGAGCAAACACCUCUGCUCUCAUAGAGCAAACACCUCUGCUCUCAGAAUGA